AACCUUUUCAGGUCAGACUUUCUUGGCACGAAGUUUACAUUUUAUGACAGCCAGCCUCCGUAUGAUGGUGCAAAAGCAUCAAACGGUCGAUCUGGCAGACGUUUUGCCAGUAAGCAGAUCAGUCCACAGGUCCCAGCUGCUAAUUUCAAGAUUGGAUAUAUCUCCUAUAAAUUUAACAUUCUUAAAACCAAAGGACCAAGAAGGAUGCACUGCACUCUUCAACUUCCUCCAGAAACCAUAGAUUCUGAUUGCAAGUUAUCUUCCCAAGUCCCUCCAGAACCGUUUGUCAUGAAGAAUAAAACUCCUCGGUGGCACGAACAACUUCAAUGCUGGUGCUUGAACUUCCAUGGAAGAGUCACAGUAGCUUCAGUUAAGAACUUCCAGCUGGUAGCCGUCGGAGAUGAGGAAACUGUGUUGCUCCAAUUUGGGAAGGUUGGCGAUGACAUGUUCACUAUGGAUUACACUUAUCCACUCUCAGCCUUCCAAGCAUUUGUCAUCUGUCUCACAUGCUUUGGUAAUAAGAUUGGCUGCGAAUAGAAGUGAGGCUGUGGCUUGCCAAAGAAAAUAUGGUCAGAUGACAUUACUGUUAACUGAUAAAAAGUUGCGUGAUUUUGUUUCCAUAUUGGAUAAUGUUUUUUUAUGUUUAAUAUUUGUAUUUAACUCACUUUCUUCUUUCUUUUAUUACACUAUUGUUUGUUCUGUGAAGUGUUCUGCCCUAUUGUUGUAUUUUAUUCACAUACUCUUGCAGUGGGUAUCUUCUCUUCUUCUGUUGAUCUUCUUAUACAAUGUAUUAAUCAACCAAAUUUAUGUCAAGAAAGCACAUGAUGAAUACUCAGCAUGUUUACUUGUAAUAAUAUUAGAAAGUGUGACAGAUGACAUUACUGUAACUGCAAAAAGUUGUGUGAUUUUUCAAUCAAAUUGGAUGCUGUUUUAAUAUAUU